AACACCAGCACCGGCGGCCCCGAGUCCGAUUAUCCCCCUCACGACCACUGCCACCACCACCACAGCCUGCGCCGCGACAGGACCAGCAAGGCCUCGAGCCAUGGCCGCCCCCACGACUCCGUCAUCUCGUCGCGCCCCUUCUCGCCAAAGCCCUCGUCGCCGCCAAGCCCCAGCAGCAACAGCAGCAUCUCGUCGCUGAGCAACCACCGCACUUCAUCCCACGCGCCCGCGCCCUACGACCGCACAUCCAUCCCGUAUCCGCCCCAGGCCCACCUCGAUCCCGAGAAGCACGCCGAGCUUCUGUCGCAGACCCGCCGCGUGCCGAACCGCAUCUCGGUCGUGCCCUCCAACCCCGAUGCCAUCGUCUACGACAAGGGCGCCUUUCACGAAAAGGGCCCCGAGGAAAAGGCCUGGCAGCUACUGUUCUGGCUCUUUGGUCCCUGCGCCUUUCUCUCCAUUGCCAUCGCGCUCUGGACCGCCCUCGCACUCUUCAUCUCUCUCAUCCUCUCGCCGCUGCGCCUCUGCUCGACACGCCCGCCCCUCUCGGAGCAAAUCACGUCCUUCCUCGCUCCCGCCCUCAACCUCCAACUCCACAUGGUCUACUCGCACGACUCGACAUCCGGCUACAGCGCACCCAUGCUCGUCGUCAUCCACCUUUUCUCGCCGCUCGUCGCAUUCGGCGUCGCAAUCGCCGCAUGGACUGCUGCCGGCUUCUGGUUCUUCUCGUGCAUACUCGGCGACCCCGGCGGUCACGACGGCCACAACGAUGGCCGCGAGAGCAUCGUCGGUGUGCGCAACUACUGGGAACGAUGGCUCUCUCGCGGACUGAGG